AUGAGUCAAAGCACUAACAGACAUUUAUUCCUGCGAGUCAUCGGAGUGGCAGGCAUACCGCUCCGCACUCAGUAUGUGAAGAGAAGUCCUGCAUCCUUUUUCACCAGUGCAAUUCAGGUGAACGGCAGCCGCCAAACAAGAGCUAAACCAAUUCGGGAAAUUCGGACACAAGCCUCAGUCCUGUGUAUCCAUCCGGGAAUCCGUGACUCACAUCUAUUAUUCAUUAUUCAAACUGCUGGUUGGGCAUUUCCCCAGCGGUUCAGGCCCGGUCGCCAUCACGGUAUUGUCGCGCACACCCCUACCUUUGUCUUCGCCAUGCAAGUUGGGACUGCUACGUCAGUAUUGAAUCCUACAUCAGAGUACUUUAAUAGCCAUGGCACGUGGGUGACGUACAUACUCAUAAUCGUCCUCGGACAUUUCGUUUUACUCUGUGUCCCCUUUCUUACCACUGCGGUUGUGUGGACGCUCACAUGUAGUAUACAUAAUGCGGUCAUGUAUCUGCUUCUUCAUUGGGAAAAAGGCAGUCCAUACGAGACACUAGAUCAAGGCGAAGCGCGAGUACUGACACAAUGGGAACAGUUCGAUGAUGGCGAGCAGUUUUCCCCUACAAAGAAAUUCCUUCUGGUCGUUCCAAUCGUAUUAUUCCUCCUGGCGAGUUUCUACACCGAGUACGAUCCGAUGCAUUGCCUGAUCAACGCCUCCUCCCUGAUUGUCCUCGCUGUACUUCCCAAAUUGCCGCAGUUCUAUCGGGUCCGAAUUUUUGGAAUCAAUCGCUGUUCCACUGGAUUGUUACUACUUACAGCUGUAUGCUGUGAAAGAUAUCCCUGGGGAGGAUCUCUCGAGAUGGCCCAAAGCACGAAUUUACUGACCGGAAGGUCCGUGGUUCGAAUCCGACCUCCCUCACUUGACUUCCCCUGUCUAGGCUUGGGCAACCUGGCAGUAUCCCAGCCCUCGUGCUUCCUUCGGGUGGCAUGGCAGCUAGGCAAGGGCGCUACAGCUGAAGGAUAUAUCUCUCGAAAUCUUCGUCGAUUCAACAUAACUUCAUUAUAUACCCAACUGUCGCUUGACUUUCCUCCACACAACCAGUCCGGCAAUGGAUUUAAUCACCAC